GUGCCAGACCGGAGUGAACCGUGCACUGGACCGGAUCGUCUUUGGCCAGUGUCCGCGUUUGAAGCUUUCGCGUGAGUGCAAUAAUUUUCAGGGAAACUUCCCGUCGAUUCGCGAGCCAAUCGAUUUUCCACGUCGAAGGAAUACCGCGGGGUUGCUGAUCCUCGUCGACCACGAUCGAGGAAUCGGUUCGGGGGCCUUUUUAUCCAUUACCAGGUAUAGGUCAACAGUUGUCAAUUUCAUCGUUAUUUAAUGAGUGCACACGUGUAUGGAAACAGAAACGUAUUGAAAAUGUGAACAAUCAGUGGUUUAUCCAGAAGAGAGAGUUUUAACGGCAGCAGCUAAACAAAAGCAACGAAAAAAUCGUAAUCGUAAAAGUAUUCUCCGGUGACCAAACUAUGGAAACAAUUUCAGUUCACGUUGAAUAACUAAUUUAAGUUUGAACCCAGUGAAUGUUGCCGGGGAUGUGAGCACGAGUGAAAUAAUGAAACCAUCCGCACCAUCAAAAAUGGGUUGAUCGCUUCGCUCUAAACUAAUCACCGUAAGCACCGAAUUCAUAUUGCCCGUUCCGAUCGGACAUGCGUCACUAAACGGAAGCUCCGCGGAAGAUCAGUUUCAAUGCAUCGCUGCACACUUCUUCCCUGUCUGUUCAUCUAGCGGAGGUGAUUGCGUUUGAUGAUUGGUUGGUUUCUGAGAGCAUCUUCGCAUCAUUACAAAUAACCGACUAUCAUCAAUCGAUCCACCGGAGUAAGGAAACAACAAAUGGCAAGAAUCAGAAAAAAUUGAAAAUUAAUACCCGACGAAGGAUAGACAAAUUAGCAUCAUCGGUCUCGACGGACGGCCGGCGCUCAACGGUAUUCAACCAGGAAGAAGAACGAAAUACCAAGCAACACAACAGAAUGGACGACAAUGAGAACUAUUUGGAGUAUCCAAAAAUGAACUUUUCCCAGUUCUCAUCGCCCUUCGGUGGCGCUUUGGCAGCGAAUCAGUUCGCGGCGGCCAAAUUUCCGCCGAAUCUCGCUACAGCCAAUGGGCAGGUCCUUGGGUUGGUAUCUGGUGGUGAUGCGGGCAUGCAAUUUCUACGACCGAUGGAUGGCAAUGCGAUGGCGGCAGCUACAGCCUUUCAGCAGCAACAACAAGCAGCGGCAGCGGCUGCUGCAGCCGCCAACAUGCAACAAGCCACACCUGCCUACAUCACCCUGCCGAUCACGAUGCCCGGCGCAAAACCUGGUGACGCCCAACAAACGGUACAGAUACAGGUGCUCAAUCCCAAUCCCCUGCCACAACCCGCUCAGCAAGCACAUAAGUUCCAAAUGGGCCAAAUGCAGAUACCUAUUCAAGGAUUCCAACAGGGGACCACCGUCCUAACAGUUGCCUAUGGUCCUCAGGACGAAGAAAUCGUGCACAAUCAUGGACUGGCCGAGGGCAUGACGAUAGUUGCUGCUCUACAACCCCAAGACCUCCAAUUGUUAGCACAAGCUCAAAAUGCCUCGCUUUUCCAGCAGCAUCACCAACAACAACUUCAAAAUCAUGAAUCACCAACACAACCUACGAUAAAGGUGGAACAAAGUCUAUCACCACCGAUUAGGCCAAUAAAACAAGAAGCUGUCUGGAACAAUAUCCCCAAUAUAACGGCUGCUCCAGCAUUCGGUGCCGACAUUGCCGAAUUCCUGCAGCAGCGAAGUCAGGGACUCAACCUACAACCGUUCCUUAAAUUUAACAACAACAAUAAUAAUGAACUUAAUGUACCUUUAGCCCACGGAGACCACCUUAUAGGUGGAUCCAUACCCGAUAUCCCUGGGACCACUUAUAUUAAGCGAGAAAUCAUAGACGAAAACUCCAACGAUAAUACUCAGUAUGGGGCGGACAGUAGUCAAGUGGACAGUAGCUUCCGGGACGCUAGCAGUAUAUCAGGCGAUACCAACUGUAGCACGCAGAAUGAGUCCGCUUCGACACCAACGACAACAGCGGCGGCCGCCACUUCGACGACCGGCACGCCUAGCGAAGACGGCACGCCGACUGGUUCUGGCAAGCCGCGUAAAAAGCGAAAGUACAAAUCGAAACCUCCGAAGCCUAAACGGCAAAAACCGGGACAAGUGCAUAUCACGACGGCCAUCGACGGGACGAUCCUGUUCUGCUGUCCCGAGUGCCACAUGGCCUAUCCGGAGAAAGAGUGCCUUGAACAGCACCUGGUGGUGCACAAGAUCGAGCGAAGGUUUAUCUGCGAUAUCUGCGGGGCGGGUUUGAAGCGGAAGGAACAUCUGGAACGGCACAAGCUGGGCCAUAACCCGGAGCGGCCGUACAUCUGUAGCGUGUGCAUGAAGGGUUUCAAGCGGAAGGAGCAUUUGAACUUGCAUUUUGUCAUCCAUAGUGGAGUAAAAACGGAGAUCUGUGGUGAUUGUGGUAAAGGAUUCUAUCGCAAAGACCACUUGCGGAAGCACAUAAAAUCUCAUAUGACUAAGCGAUUAAAAGAGGAAAUGGCCGCCAACGGUGGCAGUUCUAUAAAUUCAACGAAUCGACACAUCAUCAACAAUACCUCCCCUACCAGCAACGGUAACAACAACCACUCGGACAACAGCGUCUCAACGACAUCCGGCCCUCUGCAUAUACCGCUGUCAUUGCCGGCAGGUAUUCCACCCGGAUUAACCAUAACCACCAGUACAAAUUCCAUGCAGAAUCACCACAACCCGCCGCCUCAGCCUUCGCCUUUGACGCAGGGCAUUUGCCUACCACAUGGCGUUACGAUACAUGUUCCCACGGCAGACAACCAAACCCUGCCGGUGCAAAUAUCUCUACCGCAGCUGGUGGCCCAGCAGCAGACGGCUGCGGAUGGCACAACCAGCACAGUGCUGGUUCCGGCCUCGGAGGCACUACCCCAGCUGGCGGCCGGUGCUCAAUAACACUAGCACUCGCUGAUGGUCGUCGGUUGCUAAACCGACUGGGUGACCGUUAGCUGAUACCAAAUAUCCGAAACUGGCACCAGCCAAGAUGGGGAUCCCAAUGUUCGAAUACUCAUUUCAAGCCCCGUUGUUUCUGUUUAGGUAGGUAGAACAAUCAACUUUUGCCAGAUCCUAAAUGUUAGGAGGAAAGGAUCGGCAGCAUGCAGCAGCAAAGCCCAAAAGUCGUUUGUAGGUCGUUAACGCCUGUUUUUUUGUUGUUGAUAGUUAUCCCUUUAAUGACAAUAAAGCUACAAUGGAUAGAAGAUUGAACACAAAUUCUAUUGCGUAUGUGUGAUAGGGUGUAGCUCAUCAGGUUUUGAAAAGUUUAGCAUGAAUGGAUACCAGGAGAGGGAUGUUGAACAAAAGACAAACGUGCAUUUUUGUUGAAACCAUUUCUGUCCAUGCCGUGGACUGGAUAAAGAUUUAGAGAACAACUUUAUGUACACCAUCUUUUUAAGUUAGCAAGUAUAUAUUUGUUGUUUCUUUGUUUUUAAAAUAUACCUUCAUAAUAUUUAACAGGAGAACAUUUAUCCUCCACUAUUUAUUAGAUCGCGAUGUAAAUCAACAUUAUUCACAAAUCUGUUGUUAUUGCUAGUUUUAAUCAUCAAUCAUUAUUUUUAUUUAAAUUAAUUUAUUUGAACAAGAUCUACUGCAACCAACAGCAAAAGUACAGACGAGAAGCCCGAGUUUUAAAAGUCUAGUGAGUAAUGUCGAAUCGCCAGUUUGUUAAUUAUAUUAGCUAAAUAUAAUGGAAAUACAAUUGUGACCAACGACAUUUUAUACAAUAAAAGCGCACGAACAAACAUUCUCGACGGUUAAAAUAUAACGCAAACGUUAACACAAACGAGUAUACAUAGCAUUUCGAAACAAACAGGAAUCAAAACUGUAGAAUAUAGUGUAAAGACAGAUGAAGAAGGCAGGAAUAUAGUACGAUACCUAAGUUUUGAGAAUGUAAAUAUGGAUUUAUAUUUUUCUUUUCUCCAGAAAAUUCACAACCAUUGUUGAAAGCGUAACAUUUUGGCAUAAUGAAUACAAAAUUAUAUUUUGAUAAACAAAAA